AUGGCGCAGUUAAAACCAGACUACAAAUAUGUGAAAUGCUUCCUGGAAUAUAGUUCUAAUUUUGAAGAGGCUACAAAAGAAGAUAAUGAUUCUUUUAAAGGACACUGUAGAAUCCAGAUUACUAAUGAUUUAACACGUUUUACUCAUAACAGUGAUAAUUUAAUUGAACCAUGUGUAAAAUUUGUACAAUUUUUAACUCGAUUAAGUGAAAAACCUUCGAAAGAUAAAGUUCACGGUUGCAUAUACUUGUAUUAUUGGCUAUACCAUGCUGUAAUGAGUAAAGAUAAAUCGACAUAUAAUACCUUUACACUGUUCGAAACCUUUUCUAAAGCAUAUAAGCAGCAUAAAAAAGAUGCACAAAUAUACCUAGAUUAUGUAAAAAAUAUCACUAAGGAUGCUUUUCUAAAUAUUCAAACACUCGCUGUUCUUUAUGAGAAUUUGGAAAAUUUUAAAAAACAUAAGUCUUGUGGUAAUAAUAAAUGCAAUUGCGCGCAUAACAUUGUUGAAUUAUACAUGAAAUAUAUAGAUGAUUGUCGUAGAGGUGUUAAUACAGAAUUCUGUAAUGAAUUAGACAACUUUAGAAAUAUAUAUAAUGAACAUAUGGAAAAACCAAAUGAAUGUGAUAAAGUACAAAAAAUAUUGCCGUCCGCUAGGAUAACAGACAAUACGCUUAUUAUUAUAACUCCAUUUGUUAUAGCAUUUGUUCUGUCAUUCAUUUUAUUUAUUUUGUAUAAGUUUACCCGAUUCGGCUUAUUGUUUAGUUCUAAAAGAAGGAAUAAGAAGCAUAUACGGAAGCACUUAGAUAAAGAGGAACAUGAACAUUUUGAGCGUAGAACAAAGAAUGACAAUAUUAGUAAUAAUAAUAGAGCAUAUCAUAUUCAGUAUCGCGCUUCAGCAAACAAUUAA